CUGAGAGGGAAUCCUUGGUAAUGAAGACAGGCAAGGCUAAACAGGCCGGAAAAUGAAAAUAUUCAAAAUAUGAAUAAGUAAAUCAUUUGAAAAACUGGAACUAGUAUGUCGCUGCCUGUGAUUCUGCAGGGACAAGGAUUUGCAAAUCCCUAACUGGGUAUAAUUAAUUAAUUUGACAAAUCAGAUGGUUUCGAGGCAAGAGCGUAGUGAAUUUGGAGUGAUCACCUCAUCAGCAUGAGGUAUAUGGACUGAGGGUUGAAUAACCUUUCUCCCACUCCCGGAAUGCCAAGUGACAACAUCGGCAGACGUGCGACCAGAGCUCAGUGGCUGGACCUGCGCAUCCACUUGUUGAGUUCACAACAGUUCACCGUCGCUCUAUUCAAAGAGGCAACAACAUGGCACACGGUCUGGUCAGACGGGAGUCGUUGGAAACAGAGAUGCACAAGUCCGAAGACAAAAGAAAAACCUUCGUUUACACCAAGAAGAGGGGCUACGAUGUUACGCGAAACCCCCACCUGAACAAGGGCAUGGCUUUCUCCCUGGAGGAGCGUCUCCAGCUGGGGACCCACGGCCUGCUGCCUCCCUGCUUCAUCAGCCAGGACGUCCAGCAUCUCCGUGUGCUCAAGAACUACGACAUGAAGAGAGACGACCUGGACAGAUAUGUGUUUCUGAUGGGGCUUCAAGACCGCAAUGAGAAGCUGUUCUAUCGGGUGCUAACGUCAGACAUCGAAAGGUUUAUGCCCAUCAUUUACACCCCCACUGUGGGCCUGGCCUGCCAGCAAUAUGGCCUGAUAUAUAGAAGACCAAGGGGGCUGUUCAUCACUAUUCAUGACCGUGGCCACAUUGCUACAAUGCUUCAGAACUGGCCAGAAAAGGACAUCAGGGCUGUGUGUGUGACAGACGGAGAGAGGAUCUUGGGGCUGGGAGACCUGGGCUGCUGUGGCAUGGGCAUCCCAGUGGGUAAGCUGGCCCUCUACACAGCCUGUGGGGGUAUGCCGCCACAACAGUGCCUGCCUGUCAUGCUGGAUGUGGGCACAGACAAUGAGGCGCUGCUGAAGGACCCUCUCUACAUUGGGCUGAGACAUAAGAGAGUGCAAGGCCAGGCCUAUGAUGACCUGCUGGAUGAAUUUAUGAAGGCUGUGUCAGACAGGUAUGGAAUGGACUGUCUGAUUCAGUUUGAGGACUUUGCGAAUGUUAAUGCUUUCCGUCUGCUGAGCAAGUACCGCAACAAGUACUGCACAUUCAAUGAUGACAUCCAAGGUACUGCUGCGGUGGCAGUAGCUGGACUCCUGGCCGCUCUCCGCAUCACCAAGAGCAAAAUGUGUGACCAUACCAUCGUGUUCCAAGGUGCAGGGGAGGCAGCGAUGGGGAUUGCUGAGCUGAUCACCAUGGCCAUGGAGAAGGAGGGACUCGCUAAGGAAGAGUGUUUGAAAAAGAUCUGGAUGGUUGAUUCCAGGGGUCUCGUUGUCAAGGGUCGAGACCACCUGACUCAUGAGAAGGAGAGGUUUGCUCAUGAACACCCACAGAUGAAGAACCUGCAGGAUGUGGUUCGGGAACUGAAACCCACAGCUAUCAUUGGUGUGGCGGCUAUAGCCGGAGCCUUCACUGAUCAGAUCAUCACAGACAUGGCUUCCUUCAAUGAACGCCCAAUCAUCUUUGCCCUCAGCAACCCGACUAGCAAAGCCGAAUGCAGUGCUGAGCAGUGUUACACAAUCACAGAGGGGCGGUGCAUCUUUGCCAGUGGCAGCCCAUUUGACCCCGUCACCCUGCCUGAUGGGAGGACGUUCUACCCGGGCCAGGGGAACAACGCCUACAUCUUCCCCGGUGUAGGCCUGGGUGUCACCGCCUGCGCCGUUCUACACAUUACUGAGGAAAUCUUCCUCAUUGCAGCAGAGGCCCUUGCUCACCUGGUGACAGAGAAGGACCUGGCAGAGGGGAGACUGUAUCCUCCUCUCAGCUCUAUCAGGGAAGUCUCUCUCAAACUGGCUGUCAAGAUCAUAGAGUAUGCAUAUGAACACAACAUGGCGACACUUCUGCCGGAGCCGUCCGACAAAGAAGCAUACGUGCACUCGCUCACCUACAGCACUGACUAUGAUGAGUUUGCUGUGGACUUGUACCGCUGGCCAGAGGACAGUAUGACUGUGCAGUCAUGCAAACUUUAAUGCACUGGACAGAGAGACAGAAUGAGCCCUGGAGGGGUAAGGUAACUACUGACAUGCAAUAUCAUCACAAGACGUGAUGUUGGGAUAUUUAAGAGGCGUGUGUAGAGUCUUUCUCAUUAAUAUAUUACUGUGAAAUCAAUAGUGACAACACAUGUAGAGUUAUUGUGCUUUUUGUCUUUGAUGUCUCCCUCUCCAGAACUGAAAAGCAUGGUAGUUUAAAAAUACAAUUUAAGAAAUAGUACAUUUAUAAAUCACUGAAAGGAGGGAAACUAAUAAAAUGUGAAACAGAAAGCAGUUUGCAGAACCUGAAAUAUUGCACUAAUGGUUGUUAUCACAUUACAUUUUACGAUAAUAUAUUUGGGGAAAGUCCUUCACAGGUUAGUUUCAGUUGUACUGUAAUAGGCAGUUCCUUUAUGACUGCGUCAGCUAUAAUCCAAAAACUAUUUGUCAAAUAAAAAUGUUUUUGAUUAAUGUUUUCCAUGUCUGAUUACUACAUUUGUACUCACAAAGGACAAGGAUGCGCUGAGCGUUAGACUUGGAUACAAAAUGGACUUAUAAAGAUAUUAGAAUUUUUAAAGUAGCCUCCAAGGAGUUUCUCACAGAAAUCCUGUACAAAAGUUCCUCUCACUGACACACAGUAGCUUUAUCAUCAGUGCACAACAGAAUGGCUCCUCCCAGAGGCCAACAUAUGUUACUGCAAUACAAUUAUCAGUUUAUCAUGAUCAACUAUGUGCAAAUGUAUUUAUUUUUAUGUUGAUUUUUAGCAUCAGAUUUUAACAGGAAACCCUAUUGAGACUUAAUCUGUAUGUACCAUAAUACAAUAUCAAUUUCCAUUAUUUUCAUUUUCAUGCAAUUAUAAAAGCAAACACGCAUUAAUUGUGGUAUAUGUAACCCAUAAAACAGAGCCAUACACACAUACAGUAUGUGGUGUGUACAUGCAAGCCACAAUAAAAGCAGCAGUGUAUUUUG